AAAAAAAACAAAUUGUAGGUUAAAUUUUUUUAAAAACAAAAUAAAACAGAAAAGAAACGAGAAAAAAAAAAAGCAAAACAAUCGGAGAAAGUUGAUGGAGGAGAUUGUUCGUUUUGUGAACGCUUCAAUGGCAUAAAUUUCCGGCCAUCACAUUUCUUCUACUUUCUCUUUCUCUCUCCCUUGUUGUUGUUCUCUAGAAUUCGAUUCAUCGUUGUUAACGUCGUCCAUUCUUCUUCUUUGAUCCCUUCUUUGAUCUCUCACAUUUCCGAUUCCAAUUUAGGGUUUCCUCUCUUUUCACAUUUCUAGGGUUUUUCUUGUUCCCUUUGUACCGGAGAUGGUGAAUUGAAAGGAAAAAUAAAACGCUUUUGAGAGCUUAUAUUUGAGGUUGUUUCCUCAGGUUUUGUAGAUCUGAGGUUGCUAUUUUUGAAUUAGAGAUUCUUUUUUUUUUUUUUCAAAAUUUUGUUUGUUGUGAUCAUACAUAGACGUACGUAGCUCCAUUUCUGGUGGAGAAGGAAGAAGAAGAGAAAUGAGCGCUUCGAGGUUCAUAAAGUGUGUCACCGUUGGCGACGGAGCUGUUGGUAAAACCUGUUUGCUGAUUUCUUACACCAGCAACACUUUUCCUACGGAUUAUGUACCGACUGUUUUCGAUAACUUUAGCGCAAAUGUGGUUGUUAAUGGAGCCACUGUGAAUCUUGGGCUAUGGGAUACCGCAGGGCAGGAGGAUUAUAACAGAUUAAGACCUUUGAGUUACCGCGGUGCUGAUGUUUUCAUCUUAGCAUUCUCUCUUAUCAGUAAGGCUAGUUAUGAGAAUGUCUCCAAGAAGUGGAUCCCAGAGCUGAAGCAUUAUGCCCCUGGUGUCCCUAUAGUUCUUGUUGGAACCAAACUAGAUCUUCGGGAUGACAAACAGUUCUUCAUUGACCACCCUGGCGCUGUACCAAUUACUACUGCUCAGGGAGAGGAACUGAAGAAACUAAUUGGAGCUCCCGCAUACAUCGAGUGCAGUUCAAAAACACAAGAGAACGUGAAAGGAGUAUUUGAUGCAGCGAUCCGAGUGGUUCUUCAACCUCCAAAGCAGAAGAAAAAGAAAAGCAAAGCACAAAAAGCCUGCUCCAUUUUGUAAUUUCUCUACGCUUCUCUUACGUAUCUCUCUCUGUCUCUCUGUCUCUUCCACUCUUCUAGUGAAGGCUUAAGAAGAAAACACAUUGGGCUUAAAAAUUGUUCCAGAGUUCGUUGUGAUAAGCUCUCUUAAUCCUUAAAAAAACGAUUAUUUCUGUUUAUUGAUGAAUAGUUUCCAGCUUUAGCUGAGACCUAAUAUUGCACUUACCACUUCUCUAUUCUUCCUUCGAUUUCAAUGACUAGUUGAAGAAAACAGAGAUGAUGGAUUUUCCACUUCAACUUUACUUAAGUCUACUAAUUUGAACAUAUUACUUGUUCUCAUUCUUCCAAUUCUAAUUUAAC